AUGAGGCCUCGUCCGAUCGGACAAUUCCCAUCGGAUCUUGAGUACAGAAGUGUGCGAAUAGUGAAGCCCCGGUCAGCGAUAAGUGAUAUCGAGCGCAAGAGGAAGAGAGCGGAGCUGGAUGAUCCACUAGACUCCGAAGAAUACCAUAUUGGUAUGCCUCUUGACGCCGCCAACCUCGAUAUCCCUUACCUGGUCGGCAGCAACACGCCUGCGCCCUCUUCUGAGGAUUCUGUGCACUCAGCUUCAAUGGCGAAGCGAGUGAAAACAGGCUCACUUCAUGAGUCUGUGCGUGGGUCAAAGGAAAAGAGUAAUGAGGGGAAGAGCGGGAAGCUUUCUCACAGCCUCGCCACCCCGAUCUCAGAGGGGAGAUCUCCUACUCCCUUUGACACCACACCUCUGGACACGCCGCGUGUCACGCCAAUGGUGGAAUCGCAGGAAGAGAUUCCAGCCUCGCAGCCUGUGGCGUCUAUGCCUAGCGCUGGAACCCUGGCUGCUUCUAAAGGCGUGGACUACGUCGCGUGGUUCCAGAGCCUUCCAAAACCCACCAGUGGGAAUGAGGCUGAUGUUGCAGCACUCUCCGAGCUCGUCGAGCAUACCAUUGCAUCGGCGCAAAAGAGCAAGAAGGACCGUGUGGCUAUCAGCCUCCUCUACUACUGGUGGAGCAUAGCUUGCACUCUUCGAAGGAGGCCACCCUCGGACGAGAAAAUGACGAAGGCGCUACACUCAGUCCUGUACGUCAACGCGUCCAAGGCUCAAGCCUGGUUUGAGAAAUAUGUGUCAGAGAACACAUCUCAGCCAGAUGGCCACACCGUGAGGGAGUCAAGCCUGACCUCGUCGGUCACAGAGUCUCGGCAGCCAGUCCGUGCCGAAAGCCUGAAGCUCUCCGAGGUCUACAAUGGGACCGGCGGUAAAGAACUGACGGACCUCUUCAAUGCUGGCAAGAUCAAUACUGCGCCACUUCCCCGGCGAAGAAACCGACCAGGGCGGACAGUGCGCAGUAUAAGCGGCAGCGGGAAUGGAAUGACGACCCUACCCGUGAAGAGGGAAUCCGUCAAAAGCGAGUACGUUUGGAGGAACGGCUCGCAGACCGUCUGGAAGCCUCUUCGAUUCCGCCACCAAUAA